AUUACUCAUCCUAUCAUCGUUUACUCUUACAACGCUGGCUUGGGGGUGUAUCAAUCUAUUUAUAAUACUUUGAGGUAUAAUCUGAAAUAUACAAACUUUGAAGGGUUACAAGGGCAGAAACCUAAAUUUCGAAAAGAGGCGGUUUUUGAAACUUUCGAGUAUCCUCCUCACUCAUCUUUCCUCCGUUUCCACUCUCACAAACAUCUCUAGGUCACUUCUCUUCCUCUCCCCCAUGGCGAACGAAGACGACUUCCCCUCCUCCUCCGCGGAGCCGCCGCCGUCGCAGCAAUCCCAAGACGAUAACAUCUCAGAGCGAUACAUGGUGGGAUUCGUAAUCGCGAACAUCGUAGGGCUAAAGUACUACUCGGGACGAAUCAACGGCCGAGAGCUGGUGGGCCUGGUCCGAGAGCCCUCGAACCUCUACGACGAGAACGCGAUCAGGGUGCUCAACACUCGAUCCGUCCAAGUGGGCCACAUCGAGCGCGCCGUGGCCGCCGUCCUCUCGCCGCUGAUCGACUCCGAGAAGAUCCUCGUCGAAGGCAUCGUGCCCAACACUCGCUCCUCCGCCAACAGGUUCAGAAUCCCCUGCCAAGUUCACAUCUUUGCGAAGCUGGAAGAGACGCAAGCUGUUAAAUCGGAGAUUUCGAGGGGUGGGUUGGUGUUGAUUUCGGAUUCGGAUGUUAGUUUCGGUUUGUCUGAGGCUGUGGUGGUGAAGGAGCGGAUGGGUGGUGGAGAGGGGAAGAAGAAGAGUGUAGAUAAGAUUUUUGAGCUUGUUGAUGAGAAUGUUAAGGGAAAGGAGAAGAUGGUUGAGGUUGAGCCGCCUAGGGGAGUGAUAAAGUCUGAGCUUUUCGCUCAUCAGAAGGAAGGGUUGGGAUGGUUGAUGAACAGGGAGAAGCCUGAGGAGCUUCCUCCGUUUUGGGAAGAGAAGAAAGGUGGAGACUUUGUCAACGUUUUGACGAAUUACCGCACGGAUAAGCGGCCUGAGGCUUUGCGUGGAGGAGUUUUUGCUGAUGACAUGGGGUUGGGUAAGACUCUUACUCUGCUUUCGUUGAUAGCUUUCGAUAGAUACGGCAACGCAUCCACCAGUACGGGAACUGAAGAAGAAGAAGAGACUUUUGAUGUUGAAAAGAAGGGUAGGAAGAGAGGGAGAGGCAAGGGGAGUGAGAGUGGAGCUCGGAAGAAGGUUAAGUCCGUGUCUCAAAAGACGACGUUGAUUGUUUGUCCACCUUCUGUGUUUUCAGCGUGGGUUACUCAGCUAGAAGAGCAUACUGUACCGGGGAGCUUGAAGGUGUACAUGUACCACGGUGGCGAGAGGACGGACGACGUUAACGAGCUUAUGAAGUAUGAUAUAGUGUUGACUACUUACGGCACUUUGGCUGUUGAGGAGGCGUGGGAAGAUUCUCCUGCUAAGAAGAUGGAAUGGCUGAGAAUAAUUCUGGAUGAGGCACACACCAUCAAGAACGCAAAUGCUCAGCAGAGCCGGGCGGUUUGUAAUCUGAAGGCUUCUAGGAGAUGGGCUGUCACAGGCACUCCUAUUCAGAAUGGUUCGUUUGAUCUCUACUCUCUGAUGGCGUUUCUCCGGUUCGAGCCAUUUUCCAUAAAGAGUUAUUGGCAAAGCUUGAUACAGCGCCCGCUUGGUCAAGGGAAUAAGAAUGGGCUUUCACGUUUACAGGUUUUGAUGGGGACAAUCUCGUUGCGGAGAACAAAGGAAAAGAGUUUGAUUGGUUUGCCACCUAAGACUGUUGGGACUUGUUACGUUGAACUCUCUGCAGAAGAACGUCAGUUGUAUGAUCACAUGGAAGGAGAAGCCAAAGGUGUUGUGCAGAACCUUAUAAACAGUGGAAGCCUGAUGAGAAACUACUCAACAGUUUUGAGUAUAAUCUUACGGCUUAGACAGCUUUGUGACGAUGUUUCUCUAUGCCCUCCGGAGUUGAGAUCUUUGACCACUUGUACAUCUAUAGAAGAUGUGACUGAUAACCCAGAGCUGCUGCAGAAGCUGGUUGCUAUAUUGCAAGAUGGGGAGGAUUUUGACUGUCCUAUUUGCAUUUCUCCACCAAGGGACAUGAUCAUCACUCGGUGUGCUCAUAUCUUUUGCAGGGCAUGCAUUCUCCAAACCCUUCAAAGAACCAAACCUUCUUGCCCUCUUUGCCGUGGCUCUCUAACCCAAUCCGAUCUCUUCAACGCUCCUCCUCCUCCUCCUCCCUCGGAUACUCAAGAUAAUGACGGAGGAGACACCAAACCUUCAACCAAAUCCUCAAAGGUCACGGCGUUACUAUCGCUUCUCAUGGCAUCGAAACAAGAAGACCCCAACACAAAGUCUGUUGUGUUCUCUCAGUUCAGGAAGAUGCUGCUUCUACUAGAAGUCCCACUGAAAGCUGCGGGUUUCACCGUCUUACGGUUAGAUGGGGCAAUGACCGUGAAGAAACGGACGCAAGUCAUUGGAGACUUCGGGAAACCGGAGUUAACCGGACCUGUGGUGUUGCUUGCAAGCCUCAAGGCCUCUGGUGCUGGCAUAAACUUAACUGCAGCCUCGAGAGUUUACCUGUUCGAGCCGUGGUGGAACCCUGCAGUUGAAGAACAGGCCAUGGACAGGAUUCAUAGGAUUGGGCAGAAACAGGAGGUUAAGAUGAUUAGGAUGAUUGCGAGGAACAGUAUCGAGGAGAGGGUCCUUGAGCUUCAGCAGAAGAAGAAGAAUCUUGCAAAUGAAGCUUUUAAAAGAAGGCGUGGGAAAGAUCAAAGAGAGGUUAACAUUGAAGACGUGAUCUCUCUCAUGUCUCUCUGAACUCUAAAAAUAAUGCCUUUUAGUUUUUUUUUCCGUUUUUUUUUUCAUGUUCCCUCUUAACGGAUGUUUUCAGUCUCGGUUAAUUUAACUAAGGGUUUGCUUGUACAUAAA